CAUUCAUUUGAUUAGAUUGGUGCCAACACAACUGUCAUUAAACAACGGCUUCAUGUUGACGUUUGACCGCGUAGCAAGUGAAAGUGUCACGUCAGUGAAUUUGCUGUCAAAAUUCCGAAACAUUUUUCGUUGUCGGCUGCGUAAAAUUUUAAAUUGUGUUCUAGGUUAAAACCUAAAAGAUGGGUGUAAAACCAGCAAUUGGAAGAAAAACUAACAAGAACCCCCCAUUUUUCAGUCACGAAUUUGUAAUACAAAACCAUGCUGAUAUUGUUUCAUGUGUUGUUAUGGUUUUCCUGGUCGGAUUAAUGGUACAGUCAACAAGUCCAGUGGCAAGUUUAUUCAUAAGUUUGCACCACAACGUCACUGGCGUGGAACCGACUCGCGAAUCACCGAAAGGCGAACCCUAUUCAUAUGAAGCUGGCUGGAAGGAUGCCUGUGCUGUGUUUUUCUAUUCCUUGGUGUGCAUUGUUAUGCAUGCUAUCAUCCAAGAGUACUUCUUAGACAAAAUAUCAAAGAAGUUUCAUCUUUCAAAGUCAAGAUUAAGUUCGCUGAAUGAAUCAGGCCAGCUCGUUGUGUUCCAACUUGUGACUCUAGUGUGGGGAGGUGAUGCCAUUCUCCGGGAAGGAUUCAUUUUCAACAUCUCCCAGCUUUGGGAUGGGUACCCAAACCACCCUAUGAGUUUCUUGCUGAAGCUAUGGUGGGUAGUUCAAGCUGCAUACUGGAUCCACACUAUUCCGGAGCUAUAUUUCCAGCGCGUCAAGAAAGAUGAGUGGUCAGGUCGCAUUACCCAUGCUGCUGUUGCAUUCGCAUUUGUGGGCCUCGCAUAUGGCUUCAAGUUCCAGAGAGUAGGAGUGUGCCUGAUUGUUCUGCAUGCAUUGGCUGAGUUUGUGGCUCACAGCUACCGGCUCAACUCCAUCCUCAGGGGUGAACGGGAGGACUACUUGGAUAAAUUGCUGGGCGUGCUGAACGGCGUAGUGUUCGUGGCGGUGCGGCUGUGCUCGCUGGUGCUCGGCGUGCUCACCUUCUACUUCGGCGCGGCCGGCGCGGCGCCGCUGCUGCUGCGAGUGGGGGCGCUCUGCUUACUCGUCUCCUUCCAGGUUUACCUGAUGUUUAACUUCAUCUCGGAAGCUAUCAAACAGCGCCAAGAGGCCCGCCAACUCGCUCAGAGCAGGCCCAAAAAGGAAAAGAAGGAGAAGCCCAGAAAAGAGAAAGUAAAGAAAGUCCAAACCGAGGACUCCGACCUGCCGGAAGUUGACCAGAACACAAACAAGACCCUCCGACAGAGACAAGCCACAGUCAAGACAAAGUAAACGACGCACACUGCCCUCUACGUAGAAAUAUUACAGACUUAGACCCUGCGAUGGCCAGACAUACCUCAUUUUACUCAGACCUAUUACGUAUGGAAUGGUAUUGUACUCAAAUUCUCCAACAAAAUUUUCUGUCAUUUUUUGAAGGGCACGAGGUAAACUGGCACACCGAAAAUAUUAAACACCAAUAAAUAAUAUUCUGUGUGCUGAUACUACACACCACUAUAAAUUUGAUUCGCAAUACACAUAUAUGUAAUUUUUAUACAAAUUAAAAAAAAAAGAGUUGAACUUCUUUAGAUUUGUUUCUAUUACAAAUUUGAUAUAAUAAGGUUGGAAAUAUCUACCAAUGAAACACUUCUUCAGUAAACUAGAAGUGGAUGGGUUUUUGUGCCAUUUCUACAAACAGCAUUUUUUAGGAGCUCUUUACCCAACAAAAAUGAUUACAACAAUGAUCAUUGAUGAACAUCUAUAUAAGCUUUAGGUCAUUUUUAAUAUUGUUAAAGGGUUUCUUGUAUUGGACUAAUAAAUGUCAGGCCGGCUCACAGUCUGUGAAACAAUAAUGGUAAUUCGCCUGUGUCAUGAAGGCUGAAGCUACUACCUUCCAAGGUACUUUUCAUGAUUGGAACAUGGACUAAAAGUCCGGAAAUUUCUAGUCUUCAUAAAUUGACGUAUGUCUGGCUAUCACAGGCUGUCGUUCUAUUAGGUUUCCCCUUCAUUUGUAAGUUCCGUCAACUUCGAUUAUACUUUAACCUUUUACAUUUUAGUUUAAACAUAAUUUUGUCCAUGCACAAAAUGAACUGUGUGUUGUAUCUAUUUUUAAAAUAAAUUGUUCUUAGUAAAUAAUAGAUGUCAUAAUAUUAUAGUGAACGUUUAACGAAAUUUUUAUUUGAGAUUGUUAAUAAUAUUUAUUCUAAAUAAAUGUAUGUGACUUUAUUUUUUAUUUAAAAAGAACAGCAUUUUACUAUUAUUACAUGUAUAAUGUUUAACUUGUAUACAAAAUAUUUGUGUAUUACAUUCUUUUAGAUUACGAAGCGCACUAUUUGUCAUUACGUAUAGUGGAUACAGGGUUGUAAAAAUAUCUCUUUAAAAUGUAAAAAAAAAAAAAACUUAAAGUAUAGGUUAAAAUGUUGUUUAUAUUAAUAUAUUGAUAAGAAUUUUACAGUUCUGUGUAUUAUAUGUACACACAACAGAAACUAAGAUAUUCCAAUUUCAAUAUUAUUUUGUGCAUUUCAAACAUCGAGGUUUUGUACCGUGAAUUCCAAUGCAUUGUUUUUUUUUAAUUGUUUAUAUUUUAUUUUUAUAGUGUUUUAUAUACUUGGAUGACAUGACCAUAUCUAUUUUUGUAUGACAAUAGACAAUGCUAUUGCACAUCUCAAUGAUAUUUAGGUGCUUUAUUCCAUCUCUCUGAUAUUUUAUUAUACUGUACGGUAUUGUAUAGUAAGGCUGAGGCCGCACUACGAUUUUUUCCCGCAAGCGAUUAAUCGCUACAAACGCGGAACCGCUCGAGGCGCACAGACCACGAUUAAAAAUCGCGAAACGAUCAGUUUUUCAUUGAUGAUUUUUUGAGAUAAACUUUCAUAUUCUGGUUCGUUUAAAACAGACUCUGACUCUAUGGAUGGCAUGGUUGAAAUAGCUCGCCCACCCUCUGGUCUGCGAGACGGUCUACCCACAAAACCGCCCGCUGUUUCUAUAGAUUACAUAUUUUGCCGCGGUUUUUCCCCGCGAGCAUUAUAUAGCAAAUCACGUUUUUAAAAUCAGUCCCGGGAAAAAGCCGCAGGUGCGUAUUUGUUUUCUAGGGGUUUCUCAGCGGCUUAACCGUAGUGCGGCCUAGGCCUUAAAUGUGUUAUAGUGCAGGCCCUAAUGAACACUAUAUGGAUGUAAUAGUCAAAAUGAACUGUGAGAAUGAACCAGGUUGUUGUACUUGUAUCUGAAUUAGAUGCUAUUGUAAUAAUUAUUAUUAUUCCUAAAAUGAAAUUGUGCUCAUAAAUUAUUGUAUUAUUUUCAAGAGGAUUGUCAAUUUAAAGGCUUGAUGUUAUUAUUUUUAUUUCUGAAAUAAAUUUUGUAAGAUAA